GCGACAGUGUCUGAGGAGAGGCUGAGCGUGCUGCGACGCCGGCAUCCCUCCUCUGAAGCAGCGCGAGUCACGGUCAGCGCCCGCUCCUCCCUGGUGGUCGGGCCACGUCGAGUCCCGCGUGGAGAUGGCAGACGAUCUUGGAGACGAGUGGUGGAAGACCCAGCCGGCAGGAGCAGCCAGCAGCCCAGAAGCAUCAGAUGGUGAAGGAGGAGGAGACACAGCAAUGAUGCAGCAGGAGAGAGCUCCAGUUCCUGCCCUGUCAAAGAAAACCGAACAGCCUAAAGAAUGUUUCUUGAUACAACCAAAGGAAACAAAUGAAGAUGCCACCAAGACCAGGAAGAGGAAAAAGAAGAAAAUUACUGAUGUUCUUGCAAAAUCAGAGCCAAAACCAGGGACACCUGAAGACCUACAUAAGCUGAUGAAAGACUAUUAUAGCAGCAACCGCUCAGUGAUUGAAUUAGAAGAACUAACCCUACCAGACUCCUGCUUCCUCAAGGCCAAUGAUUUGACUCACAGUCUUUCAUCAUAUCUAAAAGAAAUCUGCCCUAAAUGGGUGAAACUUCGGAAAAACCACUGUGAGAAGAAAUCGGUCCUGAUGCUGAUUAUCUGUGGCUCUGCCAUCCGAGCCCUGGAGCUCAUUAGGUCAAUGACUGCAUUCAGAGGAGACAGCAAAGUCGUGAAAUUAUUCGCAAAACACAUAAAGGUCCAGGAGCAGGUAAAAUUGCUGGAGAAGCGUGUGGUACACCUGGGUGUAGGAACUCCAGGGAGGAUUAAAGAACUCAUUAAACAAGGUGGCCUUAAUUUGAACCCCUUAAAGUUUCUGGUUUUUGACUGGAAUUGGAGAGAUCAGAAGUUGAGAAGGAUGAUGGACAUUCCUGAGAUAAGAAAGGAGGUUUUUGAAAUUCUGGAAAUGGGAGUCCUCAGCCUAUGCAAGUCAGAAUCUUUGAAGCUGGGCCUUUUCUAAGUCUGGGUCCUAAUGAAAAUUCCUGUUUUCGUGGUGGGAUUUGCAUGGCUCUGGCCCAUUGCAAGCAGUUGGUAAAUAUCAGCUAUUGUUUUAUUAAAUUGAUUGUAUCACCAGAUGGAUCACUGGGAAUCUUAGGUGGGGAUUCUUUUACAAAAUGAAUGUGUCCUUUGCCAACUCCCUUGUAUAAUAAAGUAUCACUGGCUUGUGUGUGA